UUUUAUUUCAUCUCUCUCUGCUUUGUUCUCAGCAGCUUUUCCAACUAAGAAUGAUCUCUGGUACACAGUUCCACUGUGUACCACAGAUAAAAAGGAUGUGGACUCUGAUCUCUAUCAUCACAAAAGGGAGGAUAUCAUGGAGACAGAGACUAGUCUCUCUGAAAGGGCGGAGACUUUAGUUUUCGAUUUAGUGCGUUUGUCUGGUAGCGGAAGUGUGUCUGCAGAAUUCCAAUUUAAGGUAGGGCUUACCCUGGUUAGGUUUGCCGAAACCUCACGGUUGGCUUGCAGACUGGCAAGAGAGACGAUGGACAGGUGGAUUUUUCGUCUCCAAAGAGAAGGGCGGUGGGGUAGGAAGCUAAAGGACCUCUCCAGGUUUAUCGUAAGAUUUCCCACCGUAUUUGCGAGUCCAUCUGAUUUAGAUCAAGAGGACUUUCCAAUGGAGGACCUCUCCUUGGAUGAAGAGAAUGAGGACCACCCCUUACCUGUUCCUGUGGUUGCUCCAGUCCCUGAGGAGCCUCGGGUUGCGGCCCUCCCCUCACCUGCUCCUGUGUCUGCUCCAGUCCCUGAGGAGCCUCGGUUUGCGGCCCUCCCCUCACCUGCUCCUGUGUCUGCUCCAGUCCCUGAGGAGCCUCGGGUUGCGGCCCUCCCCUCACCUGCUCCUGUGUCUGCUCCAGUCUCUGAGGAGCCUCGGGUUUCGGCCCUCCACUCACCUGCUCCUGUGUCUGCUCCAGUCCCUGAGGAGCCUUGGGUUGUGGCCCUCCCCUCACCUGCUCCUGUGUCUGCUCCAGUCCCUGUGGAGCCUCGGGUUGCGACCCUCCACUCACCUGCUCCUGUGUCUGCUCCAGUCCCUGAGGAGCUUCGGGUUGCGGCCCUCCCCUCACCUGCUCCUGUGUCUGCUCCAGUCCCUGUGGAGCCUCGGGUUGCGGCCCUCCCCUCACCUGCUCCUGUGUCUGCUCCAUUCCCUGAGGAGCCUCGGGUUGCGGCCAUCCCCUCACCUGCUCCUGUGUCUGCUCCAGUCCCUGAGGAGCCUCGGGUUGCGGCCCUCCCCUCACCUGAUCCUGUGUCUGCUCCAUUCCCUGAGGAGCCUCGGGUUGCGGCCCUCCCCUCACCUGCUCCUGUGUCUGCUCCAUUCCCUGAGGAGCCUCGGGUUGCGGCCCUCCCCUCACCAAUGUCUGCCCAGCAAAAUAAUGAAGAUGUUUUUGUGGAUAUGAAAGUUGAUUACAACUCUGUACCUCAAUCUUCACCUCCUCACGAUUUGCCUGUCCGGCAGGCGGCUCCACUCCUGCCUUCCCCUAGGAAGCGCAGAGCUGGCCCCACACAGCUUCAAUUAGGGGAAGAGCGGGAUGUGGAUGUAAGGCCGAAGAGGGCCAGACUGGCAGGAUGCGGGAGUGAAAAUCAGUAA